CACAAAGAACAGUGUAUGAAACUCCGCCCUUGUGCCUGCGUUGUCCGACUUGUUUCAAGAUCCCAAAGCGGUUUCUAGGUCCGGGUGGAGGGUCACAGCAGGCGCUCCUACACGUGUUAACACUGGGAAACUCGGCUUGAAAGAAAGGAUCGCCACCAUUCAUGAAAUUAACUGUAACUUGUUUAAACUGUGCAAGCUUUGUGCGUAAGUUCGGCUGCUGAGCAAACUUCAACUCGGGGGAGGAAAUGAAUUUAUGGACCCGGCCGUUCCACAGAAAGUGGGAGUUGUAGAGCCGUCACUACUUGCUUAUUAACUAUUCAGAUACACAUACUGAAAGACAUGUUUAGAUUUACUUCUCCUUUUAGCUGACAACAUGAAGUUGUAGGCCUGUCUGUCGUUAACGUGACGCGCUGGAUGUUCACCCAUGAAACAGGGCGACUUUCAACCACUUUCAGUUCAGUUUGCAGUGGUCUAACCCACACUAGUUGAGUGAAAGCUUCAUACUCCAUGAGUAUAUUGAGGAGAUUCGUUUAAUAUGAGCGAGAAACAAGGGCUAGGAGAUACUAAACUAAACGAGGAUCAAACCAAGACGGACUUGGAGAACCAUGUCAAGCCGGAGGCGGGUGACGCGGUGCAGCGCGCCGACGGGCAGAGUCAGCUGGACGGUCAUGAAGCACCACGACCCACCCGUCUGUACAAGCGGCGGUGGAUGAUUGUCCUCCUGUUCAGCUCGUAUUCACUGUGCAACUCCUUCCAAUGGAUACAGUACGGCAUCAUCAACAACAUUUUCAUGAAGUUCUACAACGUGGACGCCUUCACCAUAGACUGGAUGUCUAUGAUCUACAUGCUGACAUACAUUCCCUUCAUCUUCCCGGUGACCUGGCUGCUGGACAAGAAGGGGCUCCGGGUCAUCGCGCUGGUGGCCACUGCGCUCAACUGUGCGGGGACGUGGAUCAAAGUGGCCAGCGUCAGACCCAACCUGUUCCCCGUCACCUUUCUGGGGCAGUUCUGCUGCUCGUUCGCGCAGGUGUUCAUCCUCGGGAUGCCGUCGAGAAUUGCGUCAGUGUGGUUCGGUUCGGAGGAGGUGUCCACCGCCUGCUCCAUCGGAGUCUUCGGGAAUCAGCUGGGUAUUGCCAUUGGUUUCCUGGUGCCUCCGAUCCUGGUGCCCAAUGUGGAUGACAUGGACGAGCUGGCUCACCACAUCAGCAUUAUGUUCUACAUCACCGCAGGAGUGGCUACCUUACUCUUUAUCCUCGUUGUCUUCGUCUUCCAGGAGCGUCCUAAACUUCCUCCGACUCAGGCCCAGGCCACAGCUCGUACCAUCCCACCAGAGCAGUACUCCUACACAGCCUCCAUCCUCAGGCUGCUCCGCAACAGGCCCUUCAUCCUCCUCAUCAUCACUUAUGGUCUGAACGUUGGUUGUUUCUAUGCUCUCGGCACCCUGCUGAACCGGAUGAUCAUCGACCAUUACCCUGGAGAAGAGGUGAAUGCUGGGAGGAUUGGCCUCACCAUAGUCAUUGCGGGGAUGGUCGGCUCCCUGAUCUGCGGCAUUUGGUUGGACAAAACUAAAACCUACAAGCAGACAACCCUCGCAGUCUACUUCAUGUCUCUGGUGGGGAUGAUAGUCUAUGCUGCUACACUAAGUCUGGGACACCUCUGGGUGGUCUUCAUCACCGCUGGAUCUCUUGGAUUCUUCAUGACAGGUUACCUGCCGCUGGGCUUUGAGUUUGCGGUCGAGCUGACGUACCCAGAGUCCGAGGGAACCUCCUCCGGACUCCUCAACUGUUCAGCACAGGUGUUUGGCAUCAUAUUCACCAUUUGCCAGGGUAAGAUCAUCGACCACUUUGGCACACUGGCAGGAAACAUCUUCCUCUGUGUCUUUCUUCUAAUCGGCACAAUAAUGACAGGCCUAAUAAAGGCUGAUCUGCGAAGACAAAAUGCAAACAUGUUGGCCAAAGCAGCAGCGGAGGGGCAGAUGUCGGGACAAGACUACGGAGCCACGGCACUAAUCUCCCAGCCGCAGACUCCUCCUUAUCAAGCCUGAUCAAUAAACCUUUCUGCUUCCACAAUGAAAUCUGCUCAAAUCUUAGCUCGAGACACAAAUGCACAAAGGGACCGUCUGACAGCCCGAGUGGGAACCUGGCUGAAACUUCUAUCAUCAGUGAAGCCAAGUUUUAGACGCGCACACACUAACAUACAAGCCUUGAAAAUGAUCUCCUUUCUGUUACAGUGUAACAUACUGAGAUAGAACAACACAAUCAGGAAGUCUUUAGACCCACUUCCCUUCUAAGAAGAGCUAGAUAUAGUGUUGUAUUAACUAUUUAUAAAAAGAAAUACGCUAAAAUGCUGAAUUAAAUCUGAUAUUGAAUGCAUAAUGUUGAGCAUAAACAUUCACUGUUGAGAAAUAUUUUUUUAUAUUUAAGUGUAAAUUUAAGACUUAAAGAGACAAAAAAUCUGAAAUGUUUACCUGUCAGUAUUUUAAGUGUACAGUUGAUUGUGUACAGUACAAAUAGGUACAUUUGGCACAAUGAAUUUAUGCUAAUUUUGUUAUUGCAUACAACAGUUAAUCAUGUAAAAACACUGCAUUGUUUUGAGUGAUUUUGGUAGAAUAUCUUUGACAUUGAAAUAAUUCAUACAGCAGCAUAUUAAAGAGUCUCUAAUCCAUGGCAGUCCACAGUAAGGGAUUACAUACAGUUGUGUGAUAGUAUGUGUAAUACUGUUCAUGUUUACUUAUUUAACAUGAAAUAAAACUAUUUUAUGAAGUUU